UUCGCCAAACACGACUUGUCCCGCGCCUGGGUGGCCCAAUGCUGAAACCCACCCAACGGCCAACUGAAAAGCAAAGAACACAUCCACAACCUUUGAGUAUUAUUUCUUGCAAUUAGGCUGUUUUUGUCUCGUCUCCUUGAGGAAUCAUCGAUUAGAAUCAUGCCAACCCAAAACCCCUUUCUUCAGUUCCAUAUUUAAAUCCAGCAAUAACACAACACUUCCGAACUCUCAUCAAUGACCGCCCAGAUGCUUUUGUCUCAGUCACAGUCCAUGUCUCGAACAGUGCUCACUUUUUCACCCACCUCCCACAAUCCUCAGUUCUUCAGUCACCACAAAACCACCCAAUUGAAUGUUUUUACACCCAGAAAUCAAAAACUCAAAUUUCCCUAUGUUUAUGCUCUAAAAAUCCCAGAUGUCAAUGUUUUGGGGAAAUCCAGGUAUGGGAAAUCAGGGUCUUUCAAUUCCCAGUUGGUCUGUCACACAAAACCAUGCAAUUGGAUAGUUUCAGACCCAGAAGUCAAAAGCAAAAGUUUCUGUCUGUAAACCCUCUGAAACCCCAAGAUUCUAGCGGUUGUAGAAUAGGUAUUUUCCUACUAAGGUCUUGCAGUUUCCAAUUUUUAUGUAACAACAAUACUAUACAAUUGAGUAGUUCUAGACCCAGAUACCAAAAACAGAGAAUUUUGUGUUUUGACCCAUUGAGAACCCAAGAUUUUAUUAACCCCCAGCUUGGUGAGUCCAAAUUCGGUUAUUAUGGCGUGAGGCGGAGGAAUAGGAGCUUGAUGGUGAGCUCAAAAUCAGUGAUGAGUGUAGAUAAAGUGUUGGAGAGUGAUGGAAGGGAAGGAGUAGGUGGCAAUAGCAGUUACGAUGCCAUUGUUAUUGGGUCAGGGAUUGGUGGAUUGGUUGCGGCGACGCAGCUAGCCGUGAAGGGAGCUCAGGUUUUGGUGCUGGAAAAAUAUGUGAUUCCUGGUGGGAGUUCUGGGUUCUAUCAGAGGGAUGGCUUUACAUUUGAUGUUGGAUCAUCAGUGAUGUUCGGUUUCAGCGAUAAGGGUAAUCUAAAUUUGAUAACUCAAGCAUUGGCAGCUGUUGGAUGUAAGAUGGAGGUGAUACCCGAUCCAACAACUGUCCAUUUUCAUCUACCAAACAACCUUUCUGUACUAGUACACAGGGAAUAUAGUGAAUUCAUUGCAGAACUUGCUAGUAAAUUUCCCCACGAAAAGGAAGGGAUCCUCAAAUUCUACAAUGAAUGCUGGAAGGUCGGUUUGGAUUGAGAUUUUCAAUGCCUUGAACUCAUUGGAAUUGAAGUCCCUUGAGGAGCCAAUUUAUCUUUUCAGACAGUUUUUCAAGAAGCCUCUUGAAUGCUUGACACUCGCCUAUUAUUUACCCCAAAAUGCUGGAGACAUUGCUCGUAAGUACAUAAAAGAUCCUCAGCUGCUGUCCUUUAUAGAUGCUGAGUGUUUUAUAGUGAGCACUGUCAAUGCUCUGCAGACACCAAUGAUCAAUGCAAGCAUGGUUCUAUGUGACAGACAUUUUGGGGGAAUUAAUUACCCUGUUGGUGGGGUUGGUGAAAUUGCAAAGUCCUUAGCGAAAGGAUUGAUGGAUCAGGGCAGUGAAAUAAUUUACAAGGCAAAUGUGACAAGCAUUAUAGUUGACCACGGAAAAGCUGUAGGGGUGAGACUGUCAGAUGGAAGGGAGUUAUUUGCUAAAACCAUAAUAUCAAAUGCUACUCGAUGGGAUACGUUUGGAAAGCUUUUAAAAGGAGAAGACCUACCUAGAGAAGAAGAAAGUUUUCAGAAACUUUACGUUAAGGCCCCUUCUUUUCUUUCUAUUCACAUGGGGGUUAAAGCUGAUGUUUUACCACCAGACACAGAUUGCCACCAUUUUGUACUUGAGAAUGAUUGGACAUAUUUAGAGAAUUCUUAUGGAAGUAUAUUUUUAAGCAUUCCAACCGUUCUUGAUUCAUCAUUGGCUCCAGAAGGACACCAUAUUCUUCACAUAUUUACAACUUGUUCAAUAGAGGACUGGGAGGGGCUGUCUUUAAAGGAUUACAAGGCAAAGAAGGAUCUUGUGGCAGAUGAAAUCAUAAGCAGACUGGAAGAGAAGCUGUUUCCUGGUCUUAAGUCUUCCAUUGUCUUCAAGGAGGUGGGGACACCAAAGACACACAGGCGGUACCUGGCUCGUGAUAGUGGUACCUAUGGGCCUAUGCCACGCAGAACUCCAAAGGGUCUAUUGGGAAUGCCAUUCAACACAACUGCUGUAGAUGGAUUGUACUGUGUGGGGGAUAGUUGCUUUCCAGGGCAAGGUGUUAUAGCUGUAGCCUUUUCAGGAGUAAUGUGUGCUCAUAGAGUAGCUGCUGACAUUGGGCUAGAGAAGAAGUCACCAGUAUUGGAUGCUGCUCUCCUUCGACUACUAGGUUGGUUUAGGACAUUAGCAUGAGUUCCACCGUCAAUAUGUGAGAAGCAUCAUGGUCAUUUGGCUGGAACAGCAUGGCUUGCAUCUGAAUUUUUAGUGAUCAAGACCUAGUUGAGAUGCAAAAGGAUGUUUGUCCUAUUUUUUCAAAAGGUGUUUCCCCCGGGAAUCUUUUGUGGUGGCCAUCAAAUCCAAUGGAGGUAUUUUGUGACAUUGGGGUAUUAGUUGAUUUCAGCUAUUAAAUCAUCUGUUGUAAAUUUUCUGACACGGGGGUAUGUAUGCAUACUCCAGAAUUCUCUUUAUGAUAUUUGAUAUAGAACAAUUUUUU